GGGUGGUUGAGGAUCAUACAAAAUCGUCUUUGGAGAGAGAAUGUUGUGCAGUGAACAAAGAAAUAAAUUGUUUACGUGGUGUGUUUCCUCUGGAAGGAUUUAUUUUGGAUUAAAGUGCUAUAAGAUCAUUUAUUGUUACCAUUAUGUGGGUUUCUGAAGUAUUUCAAGAGUGUUUAUCUGAGUGCUCAGUGACUAAGAGUAGUCAGGAUCAAAUAGUGGGAUCUGUAUGAGGAAGGUGCUGAUAACAUGAAAAUUCAUGUUGUGGGUCAUAUUGAGUGAUGACCGGAGAAGUCAUUUGCAUAGAUUUGCUAUGUACUUUUGUAACAGAUGAUCGACAGUUGUUACCGAAUUUUUUCAUUAUUUGAAGGUUAUGUAUCAGGUACGAUCCCACUGAACACAGGGGAGUAGAGGUGAGCAAACUGAAGAUAGGGGAGUGGGGCGUGGACUUGUGUGUCAGUCAUAAACUGCCUUAAAUAAACCGGGUGAUGGGGAUAUCUUAGCUCUUUUAUCAGUUAAAAUGGAACCUGAGGCUUGUUAAGUCACAUGAUGAAAUUUUAACUCGGUUCAGUUUUGCUGGCCUCCUCAAAUCAAAUUUUUGUCUGUUGCUAAAUGACUUCAGAUCGUGUGCUUGUGACGGGUGCAUCCGGGUACUCGGCUGCUCAUGUGGUGAAGCUGCUGCAGGAGAAGGGUUACCAGGUGCGAGGGACAGUCCGCAGACUGCAGGAUGAAAGGAAGGUGGCUCACCUGUACAGCCUGUGCUCGGGUGCACGACACCCGCUGGAGCUCGUGGAGGCGGACCUCACUGUCGACGAUUCAUGGCUCCCGGCGGUCAAGGACAUGGAUUAUGUCAUUCACAUGGCCGGCCCCUUCCCGUCCGUGGAACCUGAGGACGAGGCCGAGGUUUUGAACCCUACCGUCCAGGGGACGCUGAGCGUGCUUCGCGCAUGCGCACAAGCUAGAACCGUGAAGCGCGUGGUUCUCACCAGUUCCGUCUUUGCCGUGAAUGAGUGCACGAAAUCAUCCGAUGUUGCUUUCACUGAGGAUCACUGGACGGAUGUCGCUAAAGCCGGAGUUGUUGCCAAAAGCAAAACUCUGGCAGAACAGGCUGCCUGGGACUUUGUCAGAAAAUUGCCAGAAGACAAAAAGUUUGAACUAGUGGUGAUCAAUCCUGCUCUUGUGCUGGGUCCUCCACUCCAUGGUUCACUUUGUACCGGCAUUGAGAUAUUGCAGCGCCUCAUGGAGCGACGAAUACCCAUGAUCGUUAAACUGUAUUUUGUGAUUGCUGACGUCAGAGAUGUGGCCCUUGCUCACGUGACAGCUCUGACGUCAUCGGAGGCGUGCGGUCGCCGUCACAUCUGCUGUAAUGGCGGGAUGUGGAUGUCAGAAAUGGCGCACCUGCUAAAGCUGGUUUUCGAAUCCCAAGGCUACAACAUACCCUCGAUGAUAAUGCCACGAUACCUGCUGCACGCUGCCAGUGUCUUUGACAGUGCCUUCGUCCGCUCUUGCCUCAAGUCGGGGUGUUUUACAAGUUUGAUAAUAAUCGGAUGGUGGAGGUUCUGAAAGUAGCUCCAAGAAAUGUCCGAGACACGGUGAUCGACAUGGCCUACGCCCUGGUGGAGUCGGGCUUCGUGAAGAAAACCAGCAAAUACAGAGGUCCCAGAGGGGCAAUGGAGAGGGAAGCUUACCUCAACGUCCCACUGUAGGCUGGUUUCUUUCAUAGACCUCACACAUCCACUGGAACUGAGAGUCGAAUACAGACAAAAUACUAUUUGUGGAAAAACGUUCAUGUACUCAAAGCCAUUUUUUCUUUCUCUUUAUUUUUUCAGUCUUUCUUUAAUUCUACGUCUGGUUUUUGUUCACUCCUUUAUCUUGACUAUCGGUUCCUUUUCUUCUGAUGGCUUUUCUGCACUGAGAAGGAAAUAUUACUUGGACGUUUUUGGUAAUGCAGGAGUGUGAAGGAGUAUCUUGCACAUUUUUUACCGUUGAAAUAAAUAUUUAUUGCCGCCUUGC